AUGGCCUCUAUUCUUCUGUCAUCGCCAUCAAAGCUCCAUGCUCAACAAACCAACCGUGGCCCUAUUGACUCUUCCUUUUUGCAGCGGCAAACCCGUGUUCCCAGUGGUUUCAUUUGGCCAGAAGCCGACUUAGUGGCGGCUGACGAAGAGCUCGAUGAACCGCUGAUCGAUCUCAAGGGCUUCUUCAAGGGUGACGGCGUGGCAAUCGAGAAUGCUGCCAAGCUAAUUAGGGCUUCUUGCUUAAGCCAUGGCUUUUUCCAAGUCACCAACCACGGUGUGGACACCAGCCUCAUCAAGCUCGCUGACGACCAUUUGGAUCAGUUCUUUAACCUCCCCGUUAGCGAGAAGUUGAGGGUCAAGAGAGUCCCCGGUAGCCCUUGGGGUUAUUCCGGCUCCCAUGCCGACCGAUUCUCCACCAAACUUCCCUGGAAGGAGACAUUGUCUUUCGGCUUCCAUGACAAUGGCUCGGAGAAAGUUGUGGCGGAUUUCUUUAAGUCCAAAUUAGGGGAUAGUUUUAAAGAGACUGGGAAGGUGUAUCAAAAAUACUGUGAAGCAAUGAAGAGUUUGGCUCUUUCAAUAAUGGAGCUACUGGCAAUCACCUUAGGAGUGAAGCGGUUGCACUACAAGGAAUUCUUUGAGGAUGCUCACUCUAUCAUGAGGUGCAACUACUAUCCGACUUGCCAAGAGCCAAGCCUUUCUCUUGGGACUGGUCCUCAUUGUGAUCCAACAUCCCUAACCAUUCUUCACCAAGACCAAGUUGGGGGGCUUGAAGUGUUUGUCAACAACAAAUGGCAAUCUGUGAGACCUAUUCAAGGUGCUCUGGUCAUCAACAUUGGUGACACCUUCACGGCACUAUCGAAUGGAUUGUACAAGAGCUGCCUGCAUCGGGCGAGUGUGAACGCAGUAAAGGAGAGGAGAUCUUUGGCAUUCUUUUUGUGCCCCAAGGAUGACAAGGUGGUGAAACCUCCAGAGGAACUUGUUACUGAAGUAGGGACAAGGAAAUACCCGGAUUUCACUUGGGCCAAGCUACUCGGAUUCACUCAGAACCACUACAGGGCUGAUGAGUCUACCCUCCAGCAAUUCUCCAAGUUUACCCAGUCCGAAUCCAAAUCAGUUAAUUAA